AUGGCGUCCAAUCUUAUAAAAAGCUGCUGCUAUCAGGGCUUCAAACAUCACGGCGAGCCGAAGGGAUCGAUAUUCUUAGUGGAUGACAUCGAAGUCUACACCAGUCAUCCCCAAGAUCGGUCAGCGGAAUAUGGUCUCUUGAUUUUGACUGAUAUUAUCGGGCAUCGGUUUAUCAACGCCCAAGUCAUCGCUGAUCAAUUUGCUGAUCAUGGCUAUUUCGUAAUGAUGCCUGAUCUCUUCAACGGCGACGCAGUCCCACUCAAUAAGCCAGGUGGAUUUUAUAUGGGGAAGUGGAGGACUGGUGGCUAUCAUCCCCAGGGCAAGAAUCAUCUCCCGGAAACCGUUGAUCCCAUCAAGAUCGGAGCAGUAGGAUAUUGCUUCGGGGGUAAAUAUGUUGUUCGCCCUCUUGCUCCCGGAAGAGUAGAUGUCGCUUUUACUGCUCAUCCAUCUCACAUCGACGAGGGUGAGCUGAAAGACAUUCAAGGCCCACUGGCCAUUGCUGCAGCAGAAUAUGAUAAAAUAUUUCCAGCAGAGAAACGUCGUGCUACGGAAGCGAUCUUGCGGGAAACAAGAUUCCCGUAUCAAGUCAAUUUAUACAGUGGUGUGAGCCAUGGAUUUGGGGUGAGAGGGGAUCCAACCAACUGUGAAGUGCGAUUUGCCAUGAGAAGUACUUUCUUCCAGGCGGUGGAAUGGUUCAAUCAUUACAUGAAGCAAGAAUAG